GUAUAACAAGAAAAUUUCAAGUGGUUGACCACGCAGCAAUGGAACUCUCUGAUGCUCUUUAAGGUAUUACAGAAAGUGAUUGGAAUUCAGGGCGGUUUUAUAAUAGAAUUGUUUAUUUAUAUAGGAAUUAAUUCUGAAAGCAACCUGGAUUAACACAGCAAGCUGAAAACCAAUAUAUGGGAUAUAAAUUGACUGCUAAAAUUUCUUUAAGUCACUAAUUCAAAUUCAUCUACAAAUAAUGUAAUUUUGAUUCAUGAGUCAUUUUAUAAGUCGUUCCCCAUGUGAGAUGUUGAUGAAGAAGUUGAGUGUUAAAGUCAAACUAUAAAAAUUCUGGAAUGGAUAUAUAUUAUACAUCUUUCAAAUGAUUCAACAAGUAUGGGAGAAAAAGACAAUGUUAACGACAUUAAAGAGGAUAGAGAUGUGACUCUAAAUGAUAAAAUCAAUGGGGUUAUAGAGCAUAAUGACCCUGAAAUCAAUAAUUUGGAUGAACAGGAAUGCAUCAACAAAGAUGCUGUUAACAAAGUUGGAAAGAAUGUUAACAAGGCUAGCGUUAUUGAAGACAAUGUCAACCUUACUGAUACCAACAACCAUGAGUUUGAUAACAGUGCAGUUGGUCAUGGGAUGAUCAAUCCUGCAUUUGAAGCCGAUGAAGAUGAGAAGAAUGAUGACACUAUACAUAAAACUGUUGACAAUUCAUUGUGUUUAUCUUCCACUAACAGUUCAGAGCCACUUUACAAAGAUACAACUAGAGAUGUCUUGAAGACAUUGAGUGUAGAUUCACUUGAAAUAAAAGACAAGGCUGAAGAUGUUAUCAAUCAUGCAGAUAUUACUGAUGUGGAUGGUUUAAAUGAGGACAAAAAGAUUAAUGAUAAUCAUCAGAGUGAUAACAUUGAAGAGUCUGAGAUUGAAUCAAAAAUUGAUGAUAGUGCGGGUGAGUGUAAAUCAACAUUUAGUGCUCUUAUUAGUUUGUAUGAUGAAAUAGAAAGUACGAUUUCAGUUUCUAUAGAUAAUAGUGACAAUCCUAAAGGACCUUUCAUUUCCCCAACUGGUGAAAGUGAUGACACUAGUUGGGAAUGGGAAACAGCAAAAGAAAGAAGUGAUCAAAUGAUCGGCUAUAAAACAGAGAGAAGUGACUCUGGAUUGUUGAUGAAUGGGAACGAUGAAAUUGAUGCAAGUGUUAAUUUUGAAGCAACAUCUAAUCUGGAUUUAAAAAAUGACAGAUAUCAAAUUGAAUCUGUUAAUGCAAUGAAGAUUGAUAGAUGCCGGGAAACUGGUAAUGAUAUUGUAACAACAAGAGCUUCAAAUCAAAAGACAAAAUUAAAAAAUUCCUGCCAUGACAACAAUGGAUUAACAGGAAUGAAAAACCAACACUUUGGAAUAAAUGGAAAAGUCCCUCACAUUGGUGAACAAAAGAAAAGUUUAGACAUGAAUAUGCAAUACAUGGCUGAAAAGUGUGGUGCAUCGGAAAAUAUACGCAAUUUGAAGUCAUAUAGGAUCGCUGAUAGCUUGGAGUCACCAAAAGUCAGAAGACGAAGUUAUGUGAGACAUAGAAGUUCAACAUGGUCAAG